AUGGAAGCAGUCAUCGCAUCUUACUCUGAUAAAAUGUCAACAGAAAUCUCCGUGUUUGCGAUGCCGUUUACAUAUGACCAUGAUAUUUUUUGCAAGAUCUCGAGAUGCCUGUCCUUCAUUGUCACGGCCAACUAUUCAUUCGUGCUGGUCACUGUGGCAUACGACCGCUACCUGAUGGUAUGUAAGCCACUGAAGAGGAUCACAUAUGGACAGCGUUACGCCACGAGGGCCUGCAUUGGAGAUUACCGGAAUUUGUUUCUCCUGUACUCGUUAUAUUUAACUACAAACAGUACAGCGUCAAAAGGGAAAAGUGCAAGCAACAGUAUCGAUACAGAUAACUUUGCCACAUAUCCGAAACCUUUGGACGAACGCGCACGCUCGCAGAGCGACGGUCAGUUAAAGGCGACAGUCCCCAAGCAAUGCACAAGAAGUUUGGUAGACCUGCCCGGGUCAAUGGGCCCAGACAGUGGGCGUUUAGUGACGGGAAAAGAGUCCGGGCAUGAGAAGUAUAAAGAAUCGUUCACUUACUUACAAGAGGAGAAUGUGUUCAAGACCAAAGAGAACAUAAAUGGAUAUUGUCGAGCACAGCUGUCUGUAAGCAUAACGUCCGCGUUUGGCGGUAGUACGGACCUCAGUAUGUUACAUCUUGCCGCGCCGCAUCCACAAGCAAAACCAGUCGCCAACUUGAAGGAGCUCUCGCUAAAAAGGAACACGUUAAUCAUGAGAAUGGUGACGUUUACGUUCAUGAUGAGUUAUCUUCCUUACCUGAUCCUCGUCAUGCUGAGGUACUUGGACGAAGACAUUCCGAGAAAAUUGCCGACAAACUUGAAGAUCGUGUACCAAGUGUUCCUUAAGAGCUAUUUCCUGAACAGUGUCUUGCGUCCGUUCAUUUACAUCGUCAUGAACGAGCGAUAUAGAAUGAAGUUACUCAAGCUGAUUCGCAGCUGGCGACGAUGCUGA